GCUUCAGCAAACAUCACUGAAAGCUCUGGGCCGGCUCAUGGCAGUCCUGCUGGAGACAGAGCCCACCGGCAGCUUCUUUCAGAACAUAGUCCAUGUCCUGUGGAGAUCAUUGAUAUCGGAGAACAUGUGGGAGCGCAAGAGGGCCCUGCAGACCUGCUCCCAGCUUCUGUCUGUUUGUGAAGAGCUUCAAAGAGGAGAUGCUUGCGAGCACUUUGGCUCCUUGGUGGGAUUGCUGGCACCUCUGACGUGCGACCCCAUGCCUGCAUCCCGCCAGUUGGCUGUCACCUGUCUGAACUCCCUUCUCCGAAUCCAAGGCAAAGCAGCCAACAGAGUCAUUGAGACAAGAGACCUUGGGAGCCUGUGUGAGGGGCUGCAUGCCUGCAGCGUCGUCUCUCAGCUCCAGACCACGUCCAAAAUGGCAAGAGUAAGUGGACCCAAAAAGGGGUGGUGAGAUCUCACUGUGUAGGCUUCUGCACAACCCUGUACUGCUCCCAGCCUUUCACACUAUUUCCAAAAUGAGCUGUCACCCUGAGACUGCUUUUCUCAGCAAGUAGCAGGAGGCUCUGAGCUAUGUCUGGCCUUCAGGCACCCAGUGCAAGGAGGUGACACCAUGAUGUGCAUUUGUGUUUGUGUGUGUGUGUGUGCGUGUAUGAGACUGACUGUGGCUGCUGGGAGGUAGGCUUUGCAUGUAAGCAAACACCAUGGAUGCAGAAGCUGAGAGAAGGCUCAACCGCCUUCCGUAUAAAUAGCAGGGUACAGACAGCAGGAGCGUUGUGAUUGCCGCCUGGAUGACCAGCAAGCCACUGAACUAAGAAUGCCCUCAAGACUGCUUUCUGUUUUGAAGAGCUG